CUCCAAGCCGCUCACAGCGACAUUCCGGUCCGCAGCAGUCCGAGCGAAGUCCCGCUGAAGGAAGCCAGGAAGGAGGAGCAGGAAUGGCGUCGUUUUGGAGCCUCUCUCCGCGUCUCCUCUGCGCCUUUCUUCUGCUUUAUCUCUGCGGAUUUGGGAAUAGCAGUUUGGGAAACAAGAAAAACAACCAGGACAAAUGCACACUCAAGGUGGCGGCAGGCUUGGAUAGCUCGCGAAAACUUCCUGUUACCUUCAAAACUGACAACUGUUCAUUGUCGUAUCCGGUGGGUAAAUAUGUGAUCCACGAGGUGAUGGAUGUCUCCUUCUCCCAUCUCUCCUGUGAAGACCAGGCCGCGGUGGUCGUGCACUGGAACGCAAGUCCUCUCGGAAUUGAACAUAUUAAAGGGUUCAGGGUUUAUCUGGAAGACAAGAAUCCAGAAAGAAAACAGUGUCAACACCUGAUCCUCAAAGAGCCGCGGCAACUCAACUACACCUACAAGAGCAUGAGGUUGAGCAGUCAGCCGUUCACCAGUCUCUCCUUUGACACAGAUUACAUGAUCCGAGUUGUGCCUUUUCCCUCUCUGAUGAACGAGAGCUUCUUUCCUCCAUCUUUCCUUCGAACCAACUCCUGUGAGGUGCUGUUGGGAGCUGAGAGCCUCGUGUGUAAACCCUUCUGGAAGCCCAAGUCCUUGAAUGUGUCUCAGUUUGGCUCUAACCUCCAUGUGACCUUUGAUCCCGCCCCCUCGACCUUUCAUCUCAGUGUGUACUACUUUUACUAUAAACUGAGACAGGACGGACCCUUCAAGAUGCAGCGCUGCAAACCAGAUCUGAACCAGCCCAGAACCACCUGUAUCCUCUAUGACGUCACUCCUGGAACCUACAGCAUCGAGCUCAGAGACGACAGCAAUGUGACAAGGAGACAGACACAAUUCCAUGUCAGUCAAGUCCACUCUCCGUGGGCCGGUCCAAUCAGAGCCAUGGCCAUUACCGUCCCUCUGGUCAUCCUCUCCGCCUUUGCCACCCUCUUCACUGUCAUGUGCCGCAAGAAACAACAAGAAAACAUCUACAGUCACCUGGAUGAGGAGAGCAGUGAAUCCUCCAAUCAGAGCGCAGCAUUGAUCUCAGAGCGUCCUUGGCCCCGCCCCAAGGUGUUCCUGUGUUACUCAAACAGGGACUGUCCUAAACACAACAGUGUGGUGCAGGCCUUCGCUUACUUCCUGCAAGACUUCUGUGGAUGUGAGGUUGUGUUGGACCUGUGGGAGCAUUUGGAUAUGUGCAGAGAGGGACAGAUGUCGUGGUUGAGUCGACAGUUGGAUGAAGCAGAUUUCAUCAUGACAAUCUGCUCCAAAGGACUUCGUUAUUUUGUUGAGAGGAAGAGUCGCCGUGGAAAAACUCCAAUUGGACGCCGUGGCAACAGCAGCUCCUCCCCCAAAGACAGUGGGCCACUCAGCAGCAGUGAACGUGGCACCUCCAAGGACAGCGGACCAAUCGGCAGCAGCAGUGGGGGUGACUUGUUCCUGGUUACUGUAGCGAUGAUCUCAGAGCAGCUGCGAUUGGCCAAACAGAGUGAGAAAGAGCUGAGCCGCUUCAUGGCUGUUUAUUUUGAUUACUCCACAGAGAAUGACAUCCCUACAGCGCUCACCCUGGCCCCAAGGCUGAAGUUGAUGGACCAGUUGCCACAGCUCUUUUCUCGUCUGCACUCGUCGCACUCCUCCCUGUGGGAUGGAGCACCCCCUAACAUCUCACGGAGGAACUACUUCAGGAGCAAAUCUGGUCGCUCUCUGUAUGUCUCCAUCUGUAACAUGCACCAGUUCAUCUCGCAGAACCCCGACUGGUUCGACCAACAACUGCAUUCGCAAACAGGAAGUUCCGCCCCCAGCUCACUUCCUGUAUCCUGCGAGGCCACACCCACAUCAGCCCCACAGUCCCAGUUAGUCCUGAAUGAAGUUGCAGUGAAAACUCUAGACUCAGCACCAAAGAGGAACCUGGUCUUGUUGGCGCCAGGAUCCGGCCCGGGCUCAGUGACAAGUCUAAGUCCGAGUUAUAGUCCUGGUUAUGAUCCGGGUCCACGUUGCUCUCAGUCCUUGCCUAGAGCCUCCUCCAGGUGCAGCUCCAGUGUACCUGCCACCUCCUCCUCUGCUGUGUCCUCUGUAAUUGUCCCAUAUGUGAAGACUCCACCAGCUGUGGACCAGCUGAGACCGGUUCAGGACCAAGACUCGGGCCCUGUCCAGGGUCUAGACCAGGGACCAGACCCUUCCCCCCCUGAACCUCCCCCACGGGAUUCUGGAAUAUAUGACUCCUCUAUGCCAUCAUCUGAGCUUUCCAUACCACUCAUGGAUGGGCUGUCACAUGACCAUGUAGACUCCUCCUCAUUGGCUGACAGCGAGUCAUCUUCCUCUGGACUUGGGGAUGAGGAGCCGCCCACUGUUUCCUCUCUCCACUGCAGUGCCACCACUGUUUGUAAGGCAGAACUGCACCGACAGGACACCCCAGUGAUGUCACUGUGAACAACCAAUGAGAGCAAAGGACUCUAGUAACGUCAUCAGACAGACUUUUUAUGAAUGGAAAAAAGGGAGUUACGGAACAUUUGUAACCACUUAUUUGAAGGACUCAAUUGGACCAUUUUGAGCCUUUUCUUGUUUUGACUUAUUUUAACAUAAAUAUUUACUGUUAAUAAGAUUACAUGGCACUUUGACGCAGAAAUACAGGAAGCCACACAACACAAAUUGUUCAA